CUGCGGAGGAGGCAGGAAGGGCAAAUCAAUUCGGUGUUGGUGAAAGGGGACAUUUUCGUCGGAAUUUCCUGGAAAAAUGUAUGACCAACUGUAGAUAAGGAUAGAGUAGUUUAUCAGAGAGACACAGAAGCUACAAACUUGAUGAAUUUAACGAGAGGAGGCGAGGUCUGCUUUGUUUAGAGAGCGGAUUGCAGCCUGACACAGUGGGGAGGUAUGGAACACAGCAACGACGACGUCACUACGGACAUUUCUGAAGGGUGUGCCUCAUCGCAGACAAAGAAGCGACAGGGACGAGAAUGCUGUGUCAUUGGUUGCUCCAGUGUGCAGAAUGAUAUAGAAGGAAAACCAACCGGAUUACAUUUUUUUCGGUUUCCUCAGGAUGAGAUCAGAAAGAUGCAAUGGUGUAAGAGUAUAAAUCGAGAAGAUGGACGAGAUGGUUUCAACAUGACACCCAGUACUAUGCUUUGUGAGCUACAUUUCAAAAAAGACGACAUCCGAAGAACGCCAUAUGGAGCUAAUCGAUAUAUUCUGAAAAAAGGCAUCUUCAAACAAGACAACUCAACACUUGAUUUGCAGUCCGAAUGCCUGAACAGAAUGAAUCAACUUAGAAAAGAAGGUCUUUUUUGCGAUGUGAAUAUCGACAUAAAUGGUAAAAUAAUUAAAGCUCACAAAAUAGUGCUAUCAGCUUCUAGCCAAGUACUGCAGCAAUUAUUCACCAACAACUCUGUACUGCUGGGUGAAGAAAUGUUUACAGAUGAUACUGCAGAUGCUUUGGAGACUGUCAUUGAGUUUAUAUAUACUGGGAAAUGCAGUCUAACCAAGGAUAAUGUGACUAAUGUUUUAGGUAUUGCACAGAGAUUUCAUCUUAAAAAACUUGAGGAGAAAUGCAUAUUAAUUUUUAAGGAAAAAAUGAAUUUUGAUGAUAAAGAACAGAAGCAGAAAUUAUCUGAUUUAGAGAUGGAUUUCCGUGGCAUUAUAAAUGAUUGUGACGCUGUAGAGUAUUUUCCUGAAAACCGCAUCAGAGAACAGAUGUACUUUAACGAAGACAUUUUGGACAAAUCGUAUCUAAUAUCCCAGGAAUACAUAGUCAGUGAUAACGACGAGCAAAUUUGUGAAAAUUCCAUGAGAGAAAAAGAAGAUAAUUUCAACCAGUCGCUCAAUAUCAGUGAGAACUCAAAUUGUUCUGAGCAAAGCAGCACUGCUUGUCUGAGGCAGCUGUUAACAAAGAAUGUACCCGGUCUUUGUCAUGGCAGCGAGAAAACAAGCACGGACGAUGGAAAAAUUCAUCAUCUUGGCAAUUGGAAAAUCAAACAAGAAAAUGAGAAUGCUGGAAUACUUGACGAUGAGUAUCAACGUCAGUGGUUGAAUCUAGACUUUGAAGAUGCUAGUGCUUCGUCUGUGUUGGAGCACAAUGUGCUUAUGACAUCUGCAGUGUAUGAGGAGGACCUCCACGGAACUCUGUUCCUUUGUAUUGAAUGUGGUAAAAGUUUCCCAUCAAAAAGAAGACUUUUAAAGCAUGAAAAAUUACAUUCAAAAGAGAUGUUUGGAUGUCAUUUGUGUGGUCAGAUGUUCUCUUCUCAAAAUAUAUUCGAUGAACAUCUAUCUUCCAAGCAUGGAAUUACACAAGACAUUGUUGAGGGGGAUUGUAAUCCAUUGCCUGGCAUGAUGCGAUCAGUGAAGAUGGAGGUGAUUGACAUAGAUAAGCCGAGCAAAGACAAACUGCAUUUCUGCGCUGUGUGUGGGCGAGGUUUUGCAGAGAGGUAUCGGCUGAUGCGGCAUGAGAAAAUACAUACUGGCGAAAAACCAUACAAAUGUAGUAAUUGUGAUAAGGUGUUUUCUCGCAAGGAUAAUUUAGACAGACACUUUUUCGUCCAGCAUUUGAUACGAGACCGGGAAAUCAAAGCUGAAAAGACAGAGGUUACAGAGAAUGAUGAUAAAACAGCAGUGAAUAAUGUUGAGAUGAAAGAAAUUCCAGCUGUCGAGACUAUUGAAGAUACCAGUAGUAGUGAUAAAACAGACCUGUUAAAAAUGUUCACAAGUAAUGAUGUGGUUCAGAAAAAAAAGAGCCCAGUAAAACAAUCAAUGAGCAGUUAUUGUGUUGAUUGGUUUAUUGAAGGACAACCUACAAAGUCAAAACGGCAUGUUUGUGAAGUUUGCGGUAAAUCAUUCACAAAUAAGUAUCGGCUAGUGCGUCACCAAGUUAUACAUACGGGAGAACGGCCAUAUAAAUGUGAGAUAUGUCUUCGUAAAUUUACUAGAAAAGACCAUAUGGAGAGGCACAGAUUCCGACAACAUCCCAAUGGGGAACUUGGUGUUCCACGCAAAGGAAGAAAGCCGAAAGGUGAAUCAAGCAAACUCGACCUGAUCGACUACUCUUUUGAUUUUCAUAAAAACAUGAGUACAGAUCCAGUGGUUGAUCGUAGCGAAUCACAAUCACCAAAUGCAGUCGAUGGUGCUGUUAACUUCACGAAUGAGGAUAACGAUCCCGGUCCUGAAAAAUAUCGAUGUUAUCUUUGUGGGAUGAGCUUCAAGAACAAAGGCAACUUACGAAUUCAUAAUAAAAGUCACGCCUUUGUGGACUGUAAAAGUUGUAAGACUGUGUUCCUUGGAGCUGAGGAAUUAGCAGAACACCGAUGUGAAGAUUUUGCAUCUGGUAAGGUGCCGGGGCCAUCACUAUUACAUAAAUUUAAGUCUGAAAAUUGA